AAAGUACCGAUUAAUAUAUUUGCGUUACAUUAUUUGUACUUUGAUAAUAUACCUAAUUACCAAUAUGCUUCUUAUUUUCAUUUUUGUAUGUGAUCGAGGAAAGUUUUAUUUUUGAAGCUUAUUUUUUUUUUCAUUUCAGUAAUAACUCAUAUUGUGGCAACAUUUAUUUUGGCGAUGCUAGAUUUCUAACAAUUUAAUAAAUCAACAAAUGUAACAUUUUUGCUCUGAAUAAGCAAUUCUGCUACGAAAAUAGUUAACCCAUCUAUUAUAAACUGUUAUUAUAAUGUGUUUUGUUUGUCAAACUUUUAAACUUAACUAUAAUGUCCGAAAUAAUUGAUUUAGAAUCUAACAACCUCUGUACAACUGAGGACGCAUUUGAAAAGUUUCAAGCAGUAUCUAUGUACGAAGAAGAUCAAUUUAUAACACUUUCUGAUAUUGUGACUCCUUCUCAACCUUCUGAUGAUAUAUCUAAAAUUCUUAGUGAAGCGCCAGGUGACGAAACCUUAGUGUCUUUGCAAGAUUCGGGACCAAGUGUUAAAUCUGUAACAUGUUUACAUGAUGAAAAGGUUGAAAACAUAUCAGAGUGUAACACUACAGAAGAAAGAAAUACCACAACUGUUACCGUUAAAAAAAGAGGAAGAAAGAAGAAAAAUGGUUUUGGCACGAAUAGUUAUCAAAAUAAAAGUGUUGAACAAAAUCAAGUAGAACAAUCGAAAACAUUAACACCUGUGGACACUAACGUCACUUUACCAACCUGUAAAGAUAGUGAUUUAAAUUAUGAUAUGGUAAUAGAAGAGGAUACUACACCGCUACCCUCGACAAAUAUUGAAAAAGUAAUUAAUAAACCAACUAGAAAUAUUAAGAGAAAUUCUUAUAACUCAGAAAUUUUAGAUGUAAGAGAUAUUAAUAAUACAUCAAUAUCUAAAAGAGGCAGACCUAGAAAGACAAAAAAUAUUGUAGAUGUUAAAAAUAUCAUACUAUCAGAAGAUCAAAAUAAGAAAAGUUAUGUUAAAGGGAAGAAACGACAGUUGUUUGAUGAAACAAAUUUUGUUUCGAUAAGAAAUGAUGGCAGCAAUGACUUUUCACUUAAAAAAAGUAAAAAGAAAUAUUUGAAAAAUAAUUCUACUUCAGCAGAAGAUAUAGGCUCACAUAAUGAUUUAGAAAUGAAAGAUGAUCUUAAUGAGGAGGAUAUUCCUUUGGUAGCAUUUAGUAGUAAAAGUAAGAUUGAAGAAACUAAUGUUAAUAAUUUAGAAUUAGAAACAAACAUUCAGGAGAAAACAUUAAAUGAUUCCAGUGUUACACCUUCACAGGAAACUAAUAUUGUAAAUGAAAAAUCUCCUAAAAAACGUGGUAGGCCUAAAAGAAAUAACAUAAAUAGCACUUCAGAUGUUCAAUUAAGCCUGGAUUUGAAAGAGUCAGAACAAGAUAUUUCUAAAGAAGAAGUUGAUGAUGUAAGCUUGAGUAAGUUAAAAAAUGAAGAAAUUAAAUCACAGUGUACUCCAAGUAUUGAAAAUGUUCAACUAAUAGAUUCUGAAAAUACUCAAGAAUCGGAAGAACCUUUACCGAACGAUACAGUUUGUAAAAGAAAUUUAAAAAAGCCGACUAUGUCAGAUUUUGAAUAUAACAUUGAUAGUAUUAUUAGACAAGAUGAAAAAUCAGAAACAGAGGGUGGUGAGCAUUCUGAUUCAAUUACAAAAGAAUCUUCUAGACCUGUACGUCGUAAAGCUAAAAAAUAUUUGGAUUAUGAUGAAGGAUCAGAUGAAGAUCCUUAUGCAAAUAUAGAAUUAUCUGAUGAUGAGCCACCAAGGCGAAAAAAAGGCAAUAGAUAUUUUUCUGAUGAUGAAUAUAUUCCAGGAAGUAAACAUCAACAAACAGAUAUAUCAGACAGUGAUAUAGAAGAAAAUUUAGAGAAAACUUCGAAGAUAAAGAAAAAAAGGUUCAGAAGAUUAGAUUCAGGACUGCUUUCCAAAAGUCCAAAGAAAAGAAGCAAAAAAACAAAUGGAGACAAAAUAAACAGUCAAGAGGAAAGUUCUGUGGAUCAAGGUACAAAAGAUGCAGAUGAUGAACUUGAAGUUGUUUUAAAUACAACAGUGGUUAAAGGUAAUGAAGAUCCAUCACAAAAGAAAUUAAAGGAAGACUACAAAAAAAGUUCUUGGGGUGAAUCUAAUGAGUUCGAAAAUUUCCUUGCUAAAAUAGUCCAAGGUACAGACAUAAAAAUUAAAAAAGCCAAUCCAAUAGACUAUGAAAAAGGUUCAUUACAAAUACCAGUUCUUGACCCUACAGAAGUAAACAAAAAAGUAGAAAUGUUCACUCAAACAACUAAUGUUAUAACAAAACCAGUUGCAGUCCAAACUAAUACUUUGUAUGAUAUUCCUAUGAAAAAUCAAGUUGCUUUGACAGCACAACAGUCUGAGAAAGCAUGUGAGUUCUUAACAGGUAUUGUGAAAACAACGUCCGAAUUAGGACAGUUAAUGACUCAAAAGUCAGAAGAUUUUAUUGAAAAAAAGAUCAAUACCAAACAUGUCACAGAUACAUUUAAAAUGGAUUAUUGUGUAAAAAAAUCAUUUCUAUUAUUUAAAUUGGCAAAACACAACUUAGUUCAAAUGGAAGAGGAUUUAUCAAAACAUUAUGACGAAUUUUUAAAAGCAAAUGAUUUAUUAAAACAUAGAGAAGAACAAAAAAUUAUUGCUUCAACUUCUAAAACUCCUAGUGGUGAUAGUGACUGUGAAAUUGUUGAAGAACCAGUAAAGGAACUGAGAAAACAAAAAGAGAAACCAGCUUUUAAUCCUAAAACCGUAUUUCUUAAUAAGGAAUUGUCGAUAAAAAUUGCUAAAAAACCAACCGAAAAACCUAAACCCAAAGAGAAGUUAAACAUUAAAGGGAGGCAUACAGUUUGGAUUAAUGAUUCCGUAAUGGUAAAAAAAGUAAAACCAACACAGUCUUUUUUAGCCCAGGACAGCCGAAAUAAAAAACCACCUGAUACUUUUAUUACAUUGAAAAUGGUAAGUGAUUUUUUUAAGAUGUACAACCGUCAAAAGGCAUUACAAAUAUGUGCACCAUAUGUUAAAAAUGAAUGGUUCCUUUAUAAAAACCAUGCUUGUUGCUAUUUUUUUGAAAAUCAAAUUGAUUUUCAUAAAAACUCUCAGAUUACUCAUAAUGAAGAAAUAGUGAGAGACAGUGCUGAAUCUGAACCAACUGAUUUAAAUGACAAUAAGCUUACAACACUAUCAAAGAAAAUGUGUCCUCAUUCCUUAAGCUUAAUUUGUAUGCAAGUAUUACAAAAGUAUUUGUGCUUAGGUAAUUCGAUAUUUGCAAAAAGAAAUCAAGAUUCAAAUCUCAAAAAAGUAGAAUGUACCAAUAAUUAUAAGAACAUUGAUUGUAAUAGUAGAUAUCAAAACGUUGAAUUAUUUACAGCCUGCUCACUGAAAAAUCUUUGUUUUAACAGAAUCAAACUAUUGAUUUGUGACCUCAAUUUUAAUGAAAUUAAAAAUAAAAUCUAUAUAAGUAAGAAAAUACAGAAUGUGAAUGAAAACGAAUUAGUUUAUAUUAAACAAAAAGUAGAAAACUCUAGUAAUAUGGUGAAAUCAUUAUUUACUCUCUGUGUGGAGUUAAUACAAGACCCAAAUUCACUAAAAAAGAUAGACUUUGUUUCGGUAAGAAGUACUUUGCGUGAAAUACAACAAAAAAGUCAGAAAAGCGAACACGAGACAAAGUAUGAGGAUAUAGCUGAUCAAAAAAGUAAAAUGUAUUACAAUCCUCAUACACUAAAACAGAUAGUCUUUGAUUUCGUGAAUAGUAGAAUGCUACACAUUGCUGAUCGAUAUGUACAACAAAAAAGUCAGAAAAGCAAACAUGAGACAAAGUAUGAGGAUAUAGCUGAUCAAAAAAGUAUAAUGUAUUACAACCCUCAUUCACUAAAACAGAUAGUCUUUGAUUUGGUUAAAAGUAGAUUGCUUCAUAUUGUUGAUCGAAAUGUACAACAAAAAAGUCAUAAAAGCAAACAUGAAACAAAGUAUAAAAAUAUAGCUGAUAAAAAAACUGUAAUGAUACACUGCCCUCAUUCACUAAAAAAGAUAGUUUUUGAUACAUUAAAAAAUAUUUUGUAUGAUAUUACUGAUAGCAGUUUACAAGAAAAAAAUCAGAGAAGCAAACCUAAUGUAAAGACUUUAGUACAGAUUUGUAUUGAUUUUAUAUUAUCACCCUCAAAUGAUUAUCAAAAUCUUAACACAAUUGAUAGAAACAUAUUACCACAAAACAGUUCAUUAAGAUCUUCUGCUCUAUCCUUAAGCUCUUUAAGUUUAAAUAAAAUGAUGGCUUUACUAAAUGCUCACUAUGAGUCUAUUAUCCAAGAAGAUAUUGAGGAACCAUUAAACUUUAUCAUUGAUAAUGUCAAUACAAUAUCAGAAGAAAGGUUUUUUGAAAACACUUGUCAAAGUGAUUCUGAAAAUUUUCUUCCGAUAGAAUCUUAUGUAGACAAUGAUGAACUUGAAUACUAUGAUGAGGACAUAACCAAUUAUCAAGAUGAAUACAGAGAAAAUGAUAAUAACUGGUUAUCACAAGUACAAAUGCAGGAAUUACGCUCGUGUACAGAUACAACAACUACAAUUACCCAAGAGUGUAAUACAGUACAACAGGAAGAAAUACAAGAUUGUUUAUUAAAUAUUAAAGUGGAACCUUUGGAAGAAAACAUUGGUGUUGACUCUUCUAACAUAAAAAUUGAACCGUUGGAUGUAGAUGAAACAAAUUUGACAUCAUUAGAUUCAAUAAGAACAAAGCAGGAAAAUAUAGUAUCUAAUAAUAAUAAAGAACCUAUGCAAAGAAAAAACAGUAAUAGUUAUGAUGUUGACGUUUUUGAAGCCUUUGUGGCAUCAAAUAAAAUGAUUUUUUCCAUAUGUAGCGAUAGAAAUGAAGAAGUUUUUACCCAAAGUACUUCACGAGUUCGUAGACAGUACGAGCCAGAUAUAGAUGAUGACAUUGACAGUAACUCCGAUAGCAUGAAUUUAUUAGUACCACAAAACGUUGAAGUGGUUAAAGGCAGGCUAAUGCAAAGUAGUUCAGAUGAAGGCGAAAACAAAGUAAAAGAAAAAAAGAAACUAGAUAAACGAAAAGUUAAAUCUAAAAAAACUAAAAAGGAUGUGGUACAACCCCAAUCUACGAAGGAAAAGUCAGUCCCAAAAAAUGAUGUCGCUGCUUUAACUAAAAGAAUGCGUGAUAAAAUUAGGCAAGAAGAGGCGAAAUUUCAGUGUUCUGAUUCCGAGGAGGACAUGUCAUUAAAUUUAAGAAGUUAUAAAGGAAACAAGGAUAAAAACAGAAAAAUGCAAUCAUAUAUAGAUACUUCUGCGGAACAAGAAAUACAAUGUAGUGACGUCGACUCUACCGAAAAAAUUUAUGAAAGCGAGGUAGAUAAAUUCAUAAUUAAACAAAAUGAAAUUGCAAAUGAUAACAAGGACACUAAUUUAAAUAAAGAAACUCAACGUAAUGAUAGCUGUGAUAAUGAAGAAAUGGAUUCAGUGAAAUAUGAGAAUGAACCGAUACCGUCACUGAUUAAUGAACCUGUUGAACAUAUAGAAUGUCAACCGACUGUAUCUUUAUUGCAAAAUAAUAUAGAAGAUAUAAAUAAUGAUACGGACAAUAAUCCAGGUUUAAUUGAAAUCUUAAAUAAACAUAAGACGUCUGCAUUUGUUGAUCGUCAUGGAUGGAAAUGUUAUCCUAUUGAUAGUAAAGACAACAAAAUUUAUCAAAACGCUUCCGUAUCGUUAGUCAAAUUACCAGAAUCGUUUGUGGAUACAUAUUUCAGAUAUCAGGAUGUAACGGAAAAAACUCUGGACGAUGCAGAAAUUGAUAAAUUAACAAACCUUAAUUCAUUACGUCGUACGAUACAUAACCAAACAAAAGAUAAAAAUUGUGGCGAAGUUAAAGAAAAUAAACAAAGUUCGAACGAACCUGUAAAGAGAAACAUUUCGAAUGAAAGCUUACAAAACCCAGUAAAAGAAGAACCAUGUGACGAACUUUCACCUUCGGAAGAUGAAAAAGAUGAUUUUGAAGAUAAUUUCACUGUCCCACCACCUCAACAAAGCAUCGAUAACUGCUUAGCAAAAGACUCUCUUAUGAAUGAUGAUGAUGAUGAUGAUGACGAAUGUGAAUCAGAAAAAGUAGAAGAUGAUGCUAAGCAAUCGAAAGUCGAAAAUAAGGAAGAGGGCAAAGCGGUUUAUAAGACGAGAUCUGGACGUUUGAUAAAAUCUAAGGGUAAAGAUAUAUUAAAGCCAGAAGAAUUAAUGCUAACUGCUGAUAAAAUGAUGAAUAAGGAGUUGUCACUCUUAAAUGCUCCUAUCGAAAUUAAAGAGGAAGUUGAAGACAAAAAGGACGUUAUAAAUAAACCUAUUAGAAAUAGCCACAAGAAUGCAACCAAGAGCCAAGUAAAGAAAGAACAAAAGGAGGAAGACGAUUCUUCUUCUGAAGAGGAGAAGCAAUGGUUCACAACUAAAGAAAAACUGUUAAAAAGAUUACAGAAAAAGCAGGAUAUUCCCAACGUGGACGACGCGAAACGUGCCAAGAUCGUAAGUGAAUUCAUAGAGAAACGCGGGGAUAACAUAGAAACUCGACAGCGCAACCGACCGAAGCGACGCUCCAAGAAGAAGCUUCUCGAGAGACGAAAACAGAUGAAAAUACUUUCAAGAGAACUUUUCGGAGGUGAAUCCUCGCAUACAGGCAUUAAAUAUACUCAGGCUCCUGUGAGCAAGGGACGUCGUAACAUCAGAAAGGUAUUAGACAAGAAAUCAUUGCGACGUAACACGGUACUGGCGAACAUGGACGAAUUUGAGAGGAAACAACGAUUGAGUCAACGACAAGCCCAACUUAGAGAAGUUCUCGGUUGCGAAGAAGGAGUAAAUGUGGUAGUCAUCAAUGAUGAGCUGUGUUUAGAAUAUGACUUCGAAGAACAUCGGCCAGUUGUGUCUGUACAUCCGUUCUUCACGAAGGUCAUGAAGGCACAUCAGUAUGAAGGCGUGAAGUUUAUGUGGGACGCGUGCUUCGAGAGUGUAUCGACGGUGGCAAGUAGCGCGGGCAGUGGUUGCAUCCUCGCGCACUGCAUGGGGCUCGGAAAAACGCUGCAGGUGCUGGCGCUGCUGCACACGGUAUUGACACAUCCAAAAGUAAACAUGCGUCGCGUACUCGUUUGCUGCCCAUUGUCCACCGUCCUCAACUGGGUGGACGAGAUCAACAAGUGGAUAGGACCAGUCACUGAUAAACUUAAGGUAUUUGAGCUAUCGAAGUUAAAGAAAACGUAUGAAAGAGCAUACCAACUAGAGGACUGGUAUAAAGGCGGUGGUAUUUUCAUCAUCGGCUACGAAUUGUUCCGGAGCCUGACGACUCUUGAUCCUAUUCUUGAUAACAUAAGACCUACCAUCGUGAACAAGAUUCGCACAGCCCUAUUAGACCCUGGACCAGACAUCAUAAUAUGCGAUGAAGGCCAUCUACUUAAAAAUGACUGUUCGGUCCUCGCCGUGGCGAUGAGCAGGGUCGUGACUAAGCGUCGUAUUGUGCUAACUGGUACCCCAAUGCAGAACAACCUAAGGGAAUAUUAUUGCAUGGUAAACUUUGUCAAGCCUAAUCUGCUCGGAACAUAUUCAGAAUAUUCAAAUAGGUUUGAAAAUCCCAUAAUGAAUGGUCAGCACAGAGACUCAAGAGAGGAAGAUAUCAAGUUAAUGAAAGCACGAACGCAUAUUCUUCACAAAGUCCUCGAAGGGUGUUUGCAACGACUAGAGGCUUCAGUGCUAUACCCAUACCUACCAAAGAAACACGAGUACACAGUGUUCAUAUCACUAACUCAGUGUCAAAGGGAUCUAUAUAACCAUUAUCUAAUGAACUAUACAAAAGAGACUAAACAAAGUAUUCUUAAGGAUUUUCAUGUGUUGCAAAAAAUCUGGACUCAUCCCCAAGUGCUGCAUAACUUUUUAAAUAGAGCUCGAGAAGAUGAAAAGGAAGCUAAGAUUAAAGUCGAAAAGCUAGAGGAUGAUCUUGCCCGCGAGGACCUGGGUGCUUCGGAAGACGUGAAGCCCGGCACAACGGAAACGUGGUGGUUGCCGCACGUGGCGGACGACACACUAAACGAGCUACGAGCAUCUAACAAGUUCCUAGUCGUCUUUCGCUUGCUCGAUGAAUGCGUAGCGCUCGGGGAUAAAGUGCUGAUCUUCUCGACGUCGCUGUACACGAUGGACGCGCUGGAGUUCUUCCUGCGCGAGCGGUCGUGGGCGCUGGGCCGCGAGUACUACCGGCUGGACGGCUCCGUGCCGGCCGAGGUGCGCCAGAAGUGGUGCCGCGAGUUCAACGCGCCCAACAAUACUACUACCAAGUUGUUUUUAAUAUCAACACGAGCGGGCUGUCUCGGCCUGAACAUGACGGCCGCUAAUCGGGUCAUCAUUCUGGACACGUCGUGGAACCCGGCUCACGAUAUACAGAGUAUAUUCCGAGUUUACCGCUUCGGACAGAAGAAAGACUGCUUUAUAUAUCGCCUUGUAGCUAUGGGUACAAUGGAACAGAAGAUAUACGAGCGAUCCGUGACGAAGCAGGCGGUGGCGUGCCGCGUGGUGGACGAGCAGCAAAUUGACCGACACUACAACAUGUCGGAUCUCUCCGAACUAUACAAAUUGGACGAGGCGGGCAGCACUGUGAGCGCGGGGCUAGCGGCCGGCGUGCGCGACGCGGCGCUACUGCGCGUGGCGCGCGCGGACGAGGCGGGUGCGGCGCUGUACGCCGUGCACGAGCACGACUCGCUGCUGCGCUCCAGCGAGAGCGGCCUCAACGAGACCGAGCGCGCCGCCGCCUGGACGCAGUUCCAGCAGGAGCAGACCGCCACGCACACCAGUACGUACACGUGCGCCCUGCUGCACACUGCUAGCGGCCUCGACGAGACCGAGCGCGCCGCCGCCUGGACGCAGUUCCAGCAGGAGCAGACCGCCACGCACACCAUACGUACACGUGCGCCCUGCUGCACACUGCUGCACCCCACUGAACCCGACUCGCUGCUGCGCUCCGGCGAGAGCGGCCUCGACGAGACCGAGCGCGCCGCCGCCUGGACGCAGUUCCAGCAGGAGCAGACCGCCACGCACACCAUACGUACACGUGCGCCCUGCUGCACACUGCUGCACCCCACUGAACCCGACUCGCUGCUGCGCUCCGGCGAGAGCGGCCUCGACGAGACCGAGCGCGCCGCCGCCUGGACGCAGUUCCAGCAGGAGCAGACCGCCACGCACACCAGACUCGCUGCUGCGCUCCGGCGAGAGCGGCCUCGACGAGACCGAGCGCGCCGCCGCCUGGACGCAGUUCCAGCAGGAGCAGACCGCCACGCACACCAGUACGUACACGUGCGCCCUGCUGCACACUGCUGCACCCCACUGAACCCGACUCGCUGCUGCGCUCCGGCGAGAGCGGCCUCGACGAGACCGAGCGCGCCGCCGCCUGGACGCAGUUCCAGCAGGAGCAGACCGCCACGCACACCAGUACGUACACGUGCGCCCUGCUGCACACUGCUGCACCCCACUGAACCCGACUCGCUGCUGCGCUCCGGCGAGAGCGGCCUCGACGAGACCGAGCGCGCCGCCGCCUGGACGCAGUUCCAGCAGGAGCAGACCGCCACGCACACCAUAAUUGAAAAUAUCAAAAUAAAAGAUGCAGCUCACAAAAAUAAUAAAAUCGUAAUAAAAACAGAGACACCAAUUCAAGAAGUACCUGACCAGUCUAAAAAUACAACAACAGGAAAAUCUAAAAGGAAAAGGAAAUGUGCAUCAAAUAGUUACACUGAUCCGCAACCGCCAACUAGUCAAACAUCAGAUUCUAUUCUUAAUCCAGAAGCUGAAGAGCAAAUGAUACAAAAAAUUAUGAAUAUUCUUAUCAAACAUAAUUUUCACACAACAAAAAGUCCACAAGAAAUUUCUGAUUUGGUAGUAGGUGUACGAAAUGCUAAACAGAGUGGACUCGAGAAUGCUAAUCCUCUAAUCGCAAGUAUAGCUAAGGUAUUGCUAGAAAAUGAAAACAAUGAUGUUGAUACAUGCGUCAGUAAUUGUACAGAACCACAAUCAAUUGAAACGAUAAUUGGUGUACCGAAUCACGUAGAUACAAUUAAUAUUGUUGAAAACAAUGAAAGUAAUACAGCCGAAGAAGAAUAUUCUGACAGAAAGAGACGAAGAACUCGAAGACUGUCUGACGAAGAAUAUGUUCCAGAAAAAACGCGGAAAAAGAAGAAAGUAGUACCUAAAGCAGUAACUAGUACUGAAAAACCUAACACGAGAAAAAUGAAUGCAAAUAUAUUAUCUAGCAAUUCUAAUAAUGAGUCAUUAAAUAUGUCUAUAAGACAACAACCAGAAGCUGCAGAGCCCAUACCGAUUGAAAUAGAUAUAAAUAAAUCUCUAGAAUCUCAAUUUGUUGAUAGUGAUGUUACCAAAGAAGCAAGCUUAAAAGAAGUCAUGAAGAAAAAAGAAAUUAUUGCAGAGUCAUCUACAAAAUGUGAACAAAAAUCGGUCACACAAAACAAAGUUGAUAUAAAUACAACAGAGGAAAGUAUUGUGCUGAGUGAUGAGGAUGACGAACCAUUAGCAACAAUAUAUUCUGAUAAUUCAAAAAGUUCUAAAGAAGACAACAACGAAACAGAUGAUAUAAUACCACUACAUGAAUCUCUGUUAACAAAUAAAAACUUUAUUAAAAUUGUGGCUCACACAUAUCUGAGUGGAAAUCCGAAGUUGGAUGAAGAUGCGGCUAUUCUCGCAGCUCAAUAUAGUACGUUAAAAGCUUUAAAAGAAAUCAAAGCUACUGGCAAAGACAUCACAAGCGGCCCUAUAUAUGACAUUGCCGUGCAGGUAUUAGGUAAAAGUUUAUUGAAGAAACUACACAAAGUUCGUGUGAAUUUGAAUGAAACAAUCAAGCUAGAGAAUAUUGGCAACCAAACUGACUCACCAGCUAAAUCUUUAGCUGAAUUCAAUGUAAAUAGAGAUAAUAUUCCAGUAAAACAAUCCCCUAAAGUAUAUGUAAACAAUUUUAAAAAAAACCACAAUAACCCGGAAACAUCAAAAGAUACUAAAAUAAAAAACAAGAAUCAUUCUAUAAACGAAAAAACAAUUAAACUAUUACCACAAGAUACUGAACCAAACCAAAAAUAUUUGGUUGACAGUAAUCACCUGUACAAUGAUGAUAUAGAACUGCGAGAUGAUGUAUCGUAUAUUACAGAAGCUUCUAUGCCUGGCUCAUCUCAUCUUCAAAAUGUUGUUCCAGUGGGAAUAUUCAAAGGUCCAGCGUCAAUUCACACGAGUAAUAUGCUGUCAUCAAAAGACGAGUGUAUCUUGCCUGAUGAUGAUGACGUUAUAAUAAAUCCAUUAACUACAAGUCAAGUCAACGUAACUCCCCCAAUCACUCAAAAUAAAAUUAAAAGGCGAAACUCGAAACAAUUACACGUUACAAGUGUUGUAUCUGAGAAUGUUAAAACUACGCCAACCAUGAAAAAUGAGACAGUAGUAAAACCUGCUACUUUAAUAGCUGUACAUCCGUUCAGUUCCUCGAAUAAUUUGCUGAAACCGUCGUUUACAAGUACCAAAAAUAGUCUAAUACCAAAUACUGAAACAAAUAACUACAGAAACACACAAAAAUCUACUGUCGAAAAAGAAUAUCUCGCCGCGGAAACAUCAAAUCCAGUUGUGUCUACACCAGUUAGUGAAACAAUAUGUUUAGACAGUGACGAAGAAGAUGUCGCAUCCACAGUCUGUAACAAUACAAAUCUGGUUCGAAAACCAUUAAAAUCCACAACCAAACUCCCAAACAGAUCACUAACUAUAGUCGCUAAAAAUAGUUCGACUCCAACGAUAGUAGAAAUUCAGAAAACGCCACGGGGAAAUGUUUCCAAAAUAGCAGCAGAUACUUUGAUUAAACGGUUUAAAAACUCCAAAGCGGUACAAUCUUCGUUGAAUACCGUCCAAGGGUCUGAUAAACCUAGUAAUAUUAUAAGAAUAACAGAAACGGGAGCUAUUGAACUUUUAAAAAGGAAUGCAAUGACUUCUGCUACAGUGAACUCAUUUACAGCAAUCAAUGGAUCUCAAGCUCAAAAUUUUGAAGUUCCCGAAACAAUUACAGGAGAUUUAAAUACGGAAUCUCAAAUUGUAAGUGAUAAGGCUACAAGUAUAUCGGAUUCUGGAGCUUCUUUCGUAAAACCACCUAAAACGAAAGCUAAAAAUUUAAAAUCGCUUUCAUUGCUUCGAAAUAUUAUUCACAUACCAGCUGAUAAUUAUGGGGAAUCUAAUCUGAACAAUCAUUCGAAUUCCGAUAAUGUUGCUUCAAUGAAAGCUUCGUCUGUUACAUGCCGCGCUGCGGGUAAGGUAGUGAUACCAUUAAAAAACGAUAAAAAUGUACAAAAACGUGACACUUCAAGCAUUAUAACUAUAAAAGAAGAAAAAGCGCCCCGUAACGUUUUUGCUUCUACAAGCAACAGAAAUGAUAAAGAAAAAGUCAUUGAUCUGACUGAGAGCAUUCUUGUGAAUAACGACAGCGUUAAAAAAGUUACACUUAAGAAAAAGGAUUUCGUUGCUAUUGCAGGCUCUUCGAAAGAUAUAAUUAUAAAUAAAAUGGGUGUUUUGUUAAAUUCCUCCAAGACCCAAAGCGCCCCAGUAAAAGAAAUGACAAGGGAUGUAAAUAAUAGUAAUAAUAAAAGUAAUACAAUAAAGAAUGUCACUUUAACUCUUAAAAAAGUUCAACUCGUCAAACGCCCGUCGCCCUCUCAGGAGCCCCCUACCAAUAAGAAGCCGAAACCGAGUACUGCAAAACCGUUGACUCUCAAAGACUUCAACCUUGAUGACAUUGAUGACAUCAUAGAGUUAGAAUAACAAAUUCUAUUUAGUAUUCAAUACGCUUGCAUGUGUUACAUAAUUGUGUAAUUGUAACUUAGAGAGUAAGCACAUUUUUCAUUAUUGUGUUUUAUGUUCGAAUUUUUAAUAUCAGAAAUAGUCAAAUGAAAGAGUUUUUGAUUGUGAUACUAAAUGAUUUCUGUUAAUAAGAAUAAUAUUAUUUCAGUUUAUUUUCACUGCAUGAUUGCGCAUUCAAAAUAUCAUUGUCUAUAAACUAUAAUUUCUAUUUGGUAUUAUGAUUAGACUUGAUAAAGAAUUUUAUUUGGACUAAUAGUAGAAUUAUGAGUGUAAAUGUGAUUCUAUUUUUAUUUUAGAAUAAGAGUAAUUAUUUUUGAUUGGCAUAAUUGUAUUAAUUACAAUGUUGGAAAGAAUGGUUUUGUUAAAAUUUUGUUAAAGAUUUAGAGUGUAUUACAAACAUUUUCGAUAUUUAACAUUUAUCCCAAACUUGUCUUAAUUUGAAGUUUAUUGAUUGCUUUCUCAAAAAUUAUAUUAAAUUGUAUUAUUAUUAAUACAUAUAACAAAGCGAAUAGAUUCCUGCGAUAUUUAAGUAAUUUUAGUGUAGACAUAUUAUUGUCUUUAUUGUAAUAAAUAACUUUAAGAAAUAAUUACUUGUGUUACAACACCGUUAUGUAAUCUUUGAGAAUAAUUAAAAUUUUCAUUUAA